AUGGAUGAACGUCCACUCAGCAAUUGCAAAUACUAUGCGGCGCCAAUGGUCCGAUAUUCCAAGCUGGUAUUCCGGAAGCUAGUCCGCCUCUACAAUGUCGACUGCUGCUUCACGCCGAUGAUCUACGCGAAGGAAUUUCUGCAAAGUGACGUCGCCCGGAACAGCGAGUUUACGACGGACACAGACGAUCAUCCACUGAUUGUGCAGUUUGCGUCGAACGAUCCAGUGGAAUUUGCGGCGGCCACGGAACUGGUGUAUAAGUAUUCCAACGGCGUGGAUCUGAAUUGUGGUUGCCCAAAGGGUGAUGUGAGAGCAAGAGGUUACGGAAGCUCCCUAUUGACGCAGCCGGAACUGUUAGCCGAUAUUGUCAGGCAAACUAGGAAUCGGAUAUCCGACGAUAAAUUUGCGAUAUCCCUGAAGAUUCGGAUACAGGAUCCACUGGAGCGGACAGUGGAUUUAUGCCGAAAAGCCGCGGCAGCUGGUGUUAACCACCUGACCGCACACGCCCGCUAUCAUUGGGAACGAAUGGAAGCGCCGCACUAUGAAACGAUAGCCGUCAUCAAAGAUGCCGUAGAUGUGCCCAUAAUCUUGAAUGGCGGUGUGAAAACCCUUGAAGAAGCGAACAGGUUACUCGAAGAGACGCGUUGUGAUGGCAUCAUGGCGGCAAAUGGGCUGCUCAACAACCCAACGCUGUUCUCCGGUGAACCGGUCACCACUUGGGAAUGCGUGCAGAAAUUUAUAUCUUUGUCGGUCGACCACGGGCUGACCUUCCACCUCUUCCAUCAGCAUUUGGCGAUGAUGCUCGACAAUGUGCUCACUCCCCGGCAACGCACCCGCUUCAACGAGACGCAGACGAUGAGCGGCGUCGUCGACUUUCUGGAGAAUGCCUAUAACCCCGUACUUCCCCCGCUGAGAGUUGCACCCUUA